AUGUCCAAUGAUGGAGAUCGAAUUUAUAUUAAUUAUACACAAGGAAGACCUUAUAUGGAAUGCGAAAAUGUAACACAACCAACAUGCUCUAUCGUGUUGAAUAAGACGAUUUCAUUUUACGGGAUAAAUGGACGACCGAUAAUAAAAUGCAAAAAAAGUUGCAAACUUUUUGUAAUAAAAAACUCGAAAUUGAACACAAUCAAAGUCUCAUUCUAUAAUUUGGUAUUAAGAUCGACAGAUACUGUGGCAGAAUGCAAGGAGGCAACCGGAUUUGAGCUCGUAUUAGAGAAUACUACGUUUGCAGAUAACUUUAUGGGCAUACGCAGUAGAAGUUCUGAAAACUGCUUCAUUAAUAUAAACAAUUCAACUUUUCAAGAAAAAGCGGGUUGGGCUAUUUGGUUAAGAUGCACUAACCUAACAGCCCAUAUAACAAACAGCGUGUUUAAAAGGAGUCCGAUUUUGCUCCAAACUAUUUACAACAAGUCGUAUAAAAAUCAUUGUCAAGUAGUGGAGGUGUUUGUUCGUAACAGCAUUUUUGAUGGGGAGCACAGCACAGUCCCUGCGGAUUUAUUUGCAAUAAAACCAUACGCAGUUAUACUUAAUAUCUCAAUAUGGAAAUCGGUAUUUACCAAUCAUCUGGGAAUGACAAAGAAGAAGAAGCUAUUUUCAUCACUGUUAAUAAGCGAUCAUGACCCAAAGAAACGUAAAGGAACAUACGUAUCUUUAAGGAAUAUCAGGGUAGAAAACAACUUGAAUAAACUGCCUGCAGUUACUUUUGUGACAAUAUCCAACACACAUGCUCCUUUCAAGGCAGAAAUACUUAACAGUAUUUUUAGGAACAAUUCUGCCGCUCUGGUUGUCCGAACCUCCAACUUGAAUCCUACGAAAGUGUCCGGCAAAAGAACGGUAAUAAUUUACAACAAUACGUUUGCGGAGAACUUCAAUGGACAAAAUUCACAAAAUUCUGUGCCAGCGAUAUCUUUCAGUGGAGGCAAAUACAAAGUGACGUCAUGUCAUUUCCAUGACAACAAGGCCGGAAAAAGUCCGUUUUCUGCUGUUGUCGCCGUGUCUGAACUGUCGGACGUCGAAUUUCGCGAGUGCUACUUUGAAAACCGCCAAGCAGUUUCGUCCGCGGCACAGUUUUAUGCGAGAGGGCACUCUGCUGUCUUAUUCAAAGGGAAAAAUAUAUUCAAUAUAAUGGAUUUGAAUACGGGACAAGCGGUUUUUCUGCGCAUACCUUUCCAUGAACAUAGAGGACUUAAUAUUUGGAAUAAUUUCGAAAUCCUAUGUCCCCAAGGGUAUGUGUUAAAUUCUCAAAAAACCUGUGAAGUUUAUGAAAACACCAUAUAUUGUACCUAUAUUUACAUAACUUGUACGAAGUGUCCCGCGAAAACGUAUGCUCUAAAACGAGCGAAAUUCAUUUACAACACAAGCAAUAAUAUCGAAUGUAUGCAAUGUCCUAGGGGUGGGAACUGCAUCAGUGGAUUAGUGAAGGCCAAGCCGAAUUUCUGGGGGUUCAAAACUAACACCUCAAUAACCUUUGCGCAAUGUCCGCCGGGAUAUUGCUGUGACUCCAAUGAUUGCGUCAGCUAUAAUAGUUGCUAUGGAAACAGAACUGGAACGCUCUGUGGACGGUGUUCGGAAGGAAUGUCAGACAGCCUGUUUAGUUCGCAAUGUACUCCAAAUACAGAAUGCUUGGGAUCGUUAUUUAUUCCUAGCGCACUCGCGAUGUUGCUUCUAUACCUAAUCUUCUUUCUCUACCACGAGGAAAUUGUUGACAUUGUCAAAAAAGGUCUUUUUGGCAGUUUGAGAAUUUUUAAGACACGGAGACAAACUGAUAGAAACGUAAGCAGUAUACGAAUGCAAAGCAGCGGAUUACUUAAAGUGAUCUUCUAUUACUACCAAGUUGUACGGUUACUUCAGAGCACAGUGGGACCUCAAAAUAGAAAUGAAAUUAUUGCUAAGCUUGAGGACAUUAGUGGAAGAGUCUUGAAUAUGGUUUUAGUCGAUGUUCCAUCAUUUAGUUGCCCUGUCCAAAAUCUUCAGCCUGUUCAGAAAGCUGCCAUCCUGCAUUCUGUGGGAUACUGUUUGUUAGUUUUACUGGGAAUCCUUUAUCUUGUAAUAAAUGUGGUUCAGAUACUGCUAAAACGUGUAAAACCGGUUUGCAACGAGAAGAGGUCUUUGGUAAUGGGUCAGACCCAACUGUGGCCAUCAAAGUUCAAAGCACGUAUCGCCUCGGCCUUUACCUACAUCUCAUUAUUAAUGUACGCUUCUUCGACUCAACUCUGUCUCUCUCUUCUUCACUGUGUACCAGUUAGUGACAACCAAGUUUUAUUUCUUGAUGGUAAUAUCAAAUGUUACCAAACAUUUCAAUAUUUUCUUCUUGCUUAUGUGGUGUCAUCCGUGUUACCAUUUUGUCUUGUGCCUGUGCUUGGUGCGUAUCUUUUAAAGAUGGAUCGUAUUUCUGUGGCGCAGUUUUGCAUCGCAUGUAUAUUUCCACUGCCAUUUUGUUGCCUUUGGGCAUACUUGCUGGUCAGAGAUUAUCGCUUUCAUAAAAGAACUAGCAAUGAUACAAUGGAAUACAGCAGAGUCAUUAGUGGAAAUCACGAAGACGGUUGCUUGGAAGAUCAGCAGAAUGGUUGUCAUGCAACAUGCUUAAGUGAUAAAUGCGAGGAGACCCGUGCUACACAACGUUGCCUGGAGACACGUCAGCAAAACUGUUGCUUGGCAACAAUACAAGGAUCGGAAGAAACUAGCCUAACAUCCGAAAGAAGUGAAAGCACAGCCAACGAGGUCUCUGAACAACAUGUAUUAAAGACAGCCAUUCUUCGCGUCCUCCUGGGUCCUUUUAGACCUCACAAAGCAUUCCUAUGUUUUGGCGACUCUAUUCUUCCAUGGGAAGGCUAUUUAAUAUUCCGAAGACUAGCACUGCUUCUUGUAUUGACUUUUGUCCACGACAACAGAUUCAAAAUGAUGUUAACGUUAACACUAUGUGUUGCCAUUCUCACAUCUCACGUGUACAUUAAACCUUUCACCCGACCACGUGACAACGCGAUUGAGGCACUUUCACUUUCUACUUUGACCGUUCUUUGUGGGUUUACUUUGAUUAAAAAUCUUUAUUAUGGUGAGGAUAUUUCUUCGAUGUCAGGUAAUUUGAAUGUAAUCAAUGUUUUUAACAAGUUGGAAAAUUUUGUAGUAGUUGCUCCAUUGGUGAUCUUAGUGUUUAUCGUAAUAUUGUCCGUAUUUGGAAGGUUGUUGUUGUUAAUACGAAAGUGCCUAAGAUUCUGUGGCAAGUGA